AUGCCUAUCAGCCUUGCUCUGGCUGAUGAUGCCUGCCCCAAGACCACACGCCAACACUCACUUGCAUCCCGAGCCCGAAGCCGAGCCCGAAGCCGAAGCCUGAGGAGGCUUGGGGCACGUCGCGCAGCCGCACUUGCCGGGUCCGCAGUGGUGAACUCGGCGUUGCAGGGGCUGCACUUGCACGAGCCCUUGUCGCACGAGCAGACCGACGUGGAGCUGCAGCUGUGCGCGUUAGCGAGGUACCGGCGUGCUGCCGCCGGUCGAGCAAGAGCACGACGACGACUGGCCACACUUGCACGAGCCUGAAGCACACGAGCAGCUACCGCCGCUCUUGCACUGGCAGCUGGACUUCUUGGCGGGGCAGUUGGCGCACUG